AUGGUCGAUGGUCCAUGCGGUCCAGGCUACGAGGCCAGCCCUUGCUGUCAAAACGGUGCACCGUUCUCUAAGGGGUUUCCUAAGACAUUUGGUGAUGAGACGCAAACCGACCAGGGGCGGGCGAACGAUGCAAUUUGGGGCACUGUGCGGGCACCGUACUUCAUGUCGGAAGACAUUUUGUACACGGCACAGCAGCAAUGUCCGUCAGCCAAGUUGGGCUACACGAACCUUAAUUACAACAGGGAGUUCAUUCAGGUUGAAGAUAUUGUCCUUGAAAUGGGUGGAGCUGCGCUAACUACUUACGGUUUACCUCCACCAGUGCGAGAUGGCACCGCCGAUUUAUCACCAGAAAUACUGCGCGAAUCGUCUUAUUGCACUGCUGACCUCGACCAAUAUCGCGGUGGCAUCUUCUUCCUAGACGCACCCGAUGGCACCGGGAUAACGUUCAUUACAGAAAUGAGGCGGCACGGAGACCAUCCGGGAUUGCAGCCACAUUGCUUCCAGUCGGACGGACGGCGCACUCUGUUUUUAGACUUCCGUGACUUUGGACAAGCCCUGCCUGUCAUUCCUAAAAAGACUAGGGCCAAGGCUGUCCCUGCGUGCCUUAAGUCGUCCAAUCUCUGCGCCCAUGUCCAGUCAUUGCACCUGACCACCAACAUGCUCGCUCAUACUACUGGAGACAACGGGUCCGCUGAUUUUUCAAGGGGCCCUCUAGCUUUCGGGGAGGGCCGAACGCCUUCAGACGCAGAACACUACAUUAACGUGGGAACACUGUGUUCAGUUGUUGACACCCAUCAACAGCUCAGAGAUGCCGUCUUUCCGCAUCUUACUGCCAAUUACAAUGACCUUGACUGGCUCUCUCAUACAGCCACGUCCGUGAUAUUUGUCUCCCAUUGUUACUACACCGCGCCAGAUAAACACUUCCUUCCACCUGCCCUCGGCGUAUUCGCAUUGCUGCUUGAUUUUUCUGUCAAACCCUCCCGUCUACUGCCACUUUCAUCUCCAUUACACCACGACCAUCUACGCUGUGAACGCAUCAAUAACUGUGUUAAGCGCCCCCCAGUCAAAUGCAUCGCUGAUGCUGCAUUCAUUCCCAACAUUUUUGAAUAG